AUGGAGAGCGCCCUGGGUGGACAAAGGUGCUUCCGGAAAGAGAGGAAGAGGAUGGCCAGUGGGAAUGGGCUUCCUCCAUCCUCUGCCCUGGUGGCCAAGCACCCCUCAGCCCUGGGGCCAUUUCCCAGAUAUGUCUGGAUUCACCAGAAUACACCCCAAGACAGCCUAGACAAGAUUUGCCAUGAGAUCUGGAAGAGAGUUCAGGGCUUGCCGGAGUCCCUGCAGCCCACGACCUCGAUGGAAACGCUCUCUACCCAGGUGGCUGGGACUGUCAGCUUCCAAGAAGAUGCUCUGGAGCUGAGCAGUGGCAAAGAUGAGAUCUCCCUGCUUGUGGAGAAGGAAUUCUUGAGCCUCACCAAAGAGCACCUCAUCUUGGUCCAAGAGGGCCUUGGGGAGCUGGCAACACCUGUCGGCCCUCUGCAAGGGACCCAGGAGCUGGAUCCCUGUUUUCUUGUGCCUCCUUUGGGGGCAGAGAACACCGAGUACCCAGGGACCUCCAUCAUGGCUGGUGACAAGCUUUGGGAGCAGAAGUUGUCCGUGCCCAUGCCCGUCAUCGCCACCAGGCAGGACUGUGAUUCUGCCAUGCCUACAGUCACAGGAAUCCUGAGAGCUGCCAAGGCCAAGAGUGCCAAAGGGACUAAGGACAAAGGCCAGAGUCUAGGUGCCUCUAAUUCAGAGAUCAGCAAGCUCCUAGCCCAGUUUCCGCCGAAGUCCACAGAACUUUCCACGGCCCCCGACAACAAGAUGGUACUGGAGGAGACCAAGGUCAUCAAGGACUUCCUGCAGAACAACAUGUUCAGUGGCUCUGGACCCCAGGAGCCCACGGAGCUUGGCCCGUUCCUGCUGCUGCAGCCCCCACCUCCUCCUGCCCUUUCUGACAAACCACCUGAGUGCCCACCUCCGGAGAGGCAGCUCCCUGUGUUUGCCAAGAUCUGCUCUAAGAAUGAGGCUGACUCCACCCUGGAGAGGCACCACUGGACGCAACGGAACCCUGGCACCAAAGAGCUGGCCAAAGGUCCAGAGAGCCUCUUUCUCAGCCAGUUGCCCCAGAGCUGGAAGGAUACCUGUGGUGAGGAGGGCCACAGUGACCCAGUGGGCACUAUCUCCAUGGCCCUGCCAAGCAAGAAGCCCAUGUGGCCUGCUGAGAAGAACCUGCUCUAUGAAAUCUUCGGGGCCCCCAAGAACCCCAGUGGGCAGCUGAAGCUUCGUAGCAAAGUGGAUGUGGAUGGGCUGGAUCUGAAAUUUAACCCACCAGCAACAGUGCCCGACAAGAACAACGUGAAGUAUGCAGGCAAUGUCUUCACCCCACGCUUCACCACAGCCUUGACCUCCACCACCCUGAACCAGCCUCUCUGGCUCAACCUGAACUGUCCGCCUCCACCAGUAUUCUCUAGCCACUCCACCUUUCCACAGUACCAGGGCCUGUACCCACAGCGGUCAACAAGAAUACCCUAUCAGCAGCCUGUGCACCCCCAACUGGGUUGCUACUCCAGACAGGUGACACCGUACAACCCACAGCAGAUGGGACAACAAAUUUUCCACUCUUCCUACACACCACUGAUGAGCUACAUCUCCUUCGUCCAGCCCAACUAUUCGUACCCUCAGAGGACCCCUCAGAAGCUGCCCACCAAUCCUAGAGACCCUCCCCCCAUGACAGGAGAUGGGCCUCCCUACCUCUUCCCCCAGGGAUAUGGUUUCAACUCAGCGUCCAGUGGCCCUUUGAUGAACACCCCCUAUUUUUCCUCCAGUGGGAAUGGCAUACGCUUUUGACUUCUUCCUUCCUCUUUUUGCACUUGGAUCAGGGCUAAGGGUUCUGGAAUUCUGGAUUCUGCAACAGCAUGGUGUGAAGUUUGGAAAGCCAAGGCUCCAACCAGGUCACUGACAGGAAACAGCAAAACCAGAUUCAUCUUCUGACCAACACUUACAAGCACAGACCCCUUGCGCAUAGCACAUGCCAGACACCCUCCCGUUCACACUUGA